AUGUAUAUCAAAACCCUGACAAUCCAGGGAUUCAAGUCUUAUCGAGACCAGACGCAGAUAGAGCCGUUCUCUCCGAGGCACAACGUCGUGGUCGGACGAAAUGGGUCGGGAAAGAGUAACUUUUUUGCUGCGAUUCGGUUUGUGCUCUCGGAUGCGUACACAUCCAUGUCAAGGGAGGAGCGUCAGUCACUACUUCACGAGGGCGUUUCUACAACUACCACUCUUUCCGCGUACGUCGAGAUCGUAUUUGACAACAGUGACAACCGCUUCCCCACCGGCAGAGAAGAGGUCAUCAUCCGGCGUACGAUCGGUCUGAAGAAAGACGAGUACAGCUUGGACAAGAAAAGCGUCAGCAAGGCGGACGUCAUGAAUCUUCUCGAGAGCGCCGGCUUCAGCAAGUCCAACCCCUACUACAUCGUGCCCCAGGGCCGGAUAACUGCACUGACGAAUGCAAAAGACCACGAGCGCCUCGCCCUCCUCAAAGAAGUCGCCGGCACCAAAGUCUACGAGCAGCGGCGCACCGAGUCCCUGCGCAUCAUGGCCGAGACCGACGCCAAGCGCUCCAAGAUCUCCGAGCUCCUCGACUACAUCAACUCCCGCCUGACCGAGCUCGAGGAGGAGAAGGAGGAGCUGAAGGAGUUCCAGGAAAAAGACAAGGAGCGGCGCUGCCUCGAGUACGCGGUCUACCAGCGCGAGCUCGAGGAGGUUGCCGAGGCGCUCGAGGAGAUCGAGGAGGAGCGCAAGGCGGAGGUGCACGGCGCCAAUCAGCGCCGGGAGCAGUUCAAUGUCCGGGAGAAAGAAAUAAAGAAUAUCGAGCGAGAGAUGUCAGAAGCAAAGCACACGCUCUCUACCGUGACCCUCACCCGUCAGGGCGUACAGUCGGAGCUGAACGACCUCUACCGCGCACGCACCGAGCUCGAGUGCGUCGUCGAAGACCUUCGCACCGCCUCCGAGUCUUCCGGCGGCAAAAAGGAAGAGACCGAAGAGGAGCUCGCCCGCAUCGAGGCGCUCAUCGCGCAGAAGGAAGAGGCGCUCGCGUCCCUCGUCCCGCGGUGGGAGGAAAAGAAGGAGCAAGAGCGCCACGAGAAGCGCCUAUUCGACGAGGCGCGCACGAAGCUCGACGCGCUCAACGCGAAGCGUGGCCGGUUGAAUCGCUUCAGGACGAAAGCCGAGCGGGACGCGUUCCUCAAGAAAGACAUCGCGUCGAUCGACAACUACCGCCGGACGCACGAGGCAGCGCUCGAGGCGUCCCGCGCGGGCCUUGCGGCGGUGCAGCAGUCCAUGCAGGAAGUCGAGGCGCGGGCGCAAGCGGCGCAGGAGCGCGUCGAGGAUGGCAGACGGCGCACGGUCGAGCUCGAAGGGGAGAUCGGUAAGCUCAAGGAUCAACAUGGGGACCUUGUGGAGCGGCGGAAAGAGCUUUGGCGAGAGGAUACUAAGCUCGAGACGCUCCUCCGGCACGCACAGGAGGAGCUGAGGUCGGCGGAGCGGGACCUUGCGAGUAUGAUGGACAAGGACACCGGGAUGGGACUGCGUGCCAUAGAUAGGAUCGCGGAGAGGCAUGGUCUGGACGGCGUCCAUGGCCCGCUGUACCGCCUUUUCGAUAUCCCGGACGACAAGCUCAAUACCGCCGUAGAGCUGACUGCUGGCAACAGUUUGUUUCACGUCGUAGUCGACAGCGACGCCACUGCGUCAAAGGUCCUCGACAUAAUGCUCCGCGAGAAGACCGGUCGAGUCACGUUCAUGCCCCUCAACCGUCUCAAGCCGAAGAACCCACCACUGCCCAGCGCGCAGGAUGCGAUCCCGCUCAUCGAGAAGCUCCGAUACGACAGCGCCUACGAGAAGGCCUUCCAGCAGGUGUUUGGGAAGACGUGCGUCUGCCGCGACCUCACCAUCGCGGCGGCGUACGUCAAGAGCCACAACAUCAACACUAUCACUCUGGACGGAGACAAGGUCGAUCGCAAGGGUGCUCUGACGGGCGGGUACCACGACGUGCGCCGGUCUCGCAUCGAAGCCAUCAAGAGUGUCACGGAGUGGAGGGGCAAGUUCGAAACCCACGAUAAGCGCUCCAAGGAGGUCCGGGCGACGAUUUUGCAGCUCGACCAGCAGAUUACGCAAAUGUGGGGCAGAAUACAGGUACUGCAGAAUCAGCACACUCAGGCGAGGGAGGCGAGGGAGGCCCUGGCGAGUGAACUGGCCGCUCUGAGUCAAGAGAAGAGGAGGCUCGCGGAGCGGGCGACCAAACUCGAGAGUGAAAUCGAAGAUGGGGUCACAGAGCUGACUGGUCUGCAGGCGAAGCUAGAUGGGUAUAGGGCUGAGUUGGCCAGCCCGAUGGCGGCAGGUUUGACCGAUGAAGAGGAGGAGGUGAUCGCUUCCCUUGUCAAAGAGGUCGAGGUUCGCCAAAAGCGACUGGCGGACUUGAAGAAAGAGCGAAGCACGCUUGGGAGCAGUAAGGAGCUUAUCGAGAUUGAACUCGAGGAGAAGUUACGCAGGCGAAGGGAGGAGCUGAGGGAGAAGCUUCAGUUGCAUGGUGAUGCGGACCUAGGGGUCGAGUCUUCGGCAGACAACCUCCACGCGCGGGAGCGAGAAUUGCGCGCUCUGAAUGCUUCCAUCGACAGUCUGGUGAAGCGCACUGAAGACCUCGACAAAGAGGCGGAAGAGCUUAAUAAACGCCUACAGAAGCUACGAGCUGACCUCGAAAAAGUCCAAAGCCAACAGCAAGAAGACGGUAAAGGCAUCUCGAAGCAGCAGAAGAGCACGGAGCGAUACCUCGCGAAACGCCAGAUGCUUAUCGGGCGCAAAGAGGAAUGCAACCGCAAUAUCCGGGACCUGGGUGUCUUGCCAGAAGAAGCGUUCGAAAAAUAUACCAAUGAGAAGCUGGAUCGUCUUGUCAAGAAACUUCACGCCGUGAACCAAGGCUUAAAGAAGUUUGCUCAUGUGAACAAGAAGGCUUUUGAGCAGUACAAUAACUUCACAAAGCAACGUGACCAGCUACUUCAGAGACGCGAAGACUUGGACAAGUCAGCGGAGUCCAUCCAGGAUCUGGUACAGGUCCUUGAUCAACGCAAGGACGAAGCCAUAGAACGUACGUUCAAGCAAGUGGCAAGCAACUUUGAAGAAGUAUUUGAACAACUUGUACCGGCCGGUCGGGGUAAAUUAAUCAUUCAAAGGCGCAUCGAUAGGGAUGAAGAUGGCGCUGAAGAUGAUGCCGAGGACACGCAGCAGAGUAGCGUUGAUAACUAUACAGGUGUCUCCAUUAAGGUCUCUUUCAAUUCCAAAGUCGACGAAGGUCUGCGUAUCCAGCAGUUGUCUGGUGGGCAGAAGUCUCUCGUAGCGCUCGCGACAGUCUUCGCUAUUCAGAAGUGUGACCCGGCACCCUUCUAUCUUUUCGACGAGAUCGAUGCUAACCUUGAUGCUCAAUACCGGACUGCGGUUGCGUCUAUGAUCCAAUCUUUGGCGUCGACAGCCCAGUUCAUCACGACGACCUUCAGGCCCGAGAUGCUCGUCACCGCUGAUAAAUUUUACGGCGUGCUGUUCAAUAACCAAAAGGUCAGCUCAAUACGAAGCAUCAAGCGUGAAGAAGCAAUGGAAUUCGUAGAGCAGGAGGCCCAAGCUCAGUAGUCAUGUCACGCUACGUUCUACCGCGUUUUACCUUGCCCUUGGGAUCUAGGUGUUCAGUGUUCGUCGCUGCUCUAUUUAAUAGAAGCUGUAUCAUUAUACCCCAUGUUGUAUAGUAGGACUAUCUACUUGUAAUUGUAAUCUUUCUCGACUUUUAUUUGAGACAACACACACGGAUCCGGAGCC